AUGGGCCGUCCUUCCGGUCGUCUGCCACCGAUCGACCUACAUUAUUGGAACCCUGACCCCGACACCGAAGUCCCAAUUCACAUAAUGGUUACGCGUAUAUCCGGUUUCACUGAUCUACGUGACUUGCACUGGAAAUUGGUGUGGGCGGUGAAGACAGUAGAGAAGGAUAAGGAUGUGCAGAUCUUUCAUCGGCGGCUGGAGGUUGUGCAAGAGAUCGGCUUCAACCACCUUACAAACUGGGGUGCAGUCACUCAGGUAGAGACCACGAGUAGCAAAAGGUUCAACCCACGGAAGGUGAUCACGACGAUGAACCUCGCCCAACGCAAAGAGCUGGAGAAGAUAGCAGCACGGGUUAGGGUGGAGGAGCCAGAUGGGGUGUGGAAUUGUCAAGACUGGAUUGUAACCGUGCUUCAACAGGCAGAGCAAGCAGGCCUUAUUACCAAGAAUGAGUGGACGGCGGCCGUCACUUGGGCAAAGAAUGGGGGGGAAGAAUAAAACCUGCUGGAAAUGCAUACUCGUGCACGAUUCAUUUCUGUACGUCUUUCUACCGCUUCGAAAUUUCGACAAGUCCGAUUAAAUAAUCAGCGGAGUAGCCAAAAAAAAUCAGUACUGACCUUUCCCGGAAAUGAUUAUGGAGUCGACAUGAUGUCCUUGUUUUUUUCUGGCCUAGCCGUUGCAUACUUUGAUGAUCUU